GAGAUGGGAAGAAGGGCCCCAGUGCUGGAGUCGACUGUUGACGCUGGAUGAAACGGUCAACCAGUGUGGUGUUGCACUGUGUCCAUUGGAAAACAAAUUGCACUGCACAUUCAAGAGGGACCAUGACCAAAACAUUUACUGGCGAAUGUUUGAUCGGGAGGCAAAUAGAUGGACCGAAGCCUCCGGGAUAGGCGAGAGUACCAAUGCUCCGGUGGCCCUGGUGGCGCAUCAGGGUGCGUUGGCGACGUUCUUUGCCACGGCAGACGACAACCAGCGUGUUCUGUAUAGGGUUCUUCCCCCCCAAUCGAACUCCUGGGUCAGAGAUGGAAUGUUGGACGACAACUACCAUGUGCAGGGCAACGAGGGCAUUGUUGGCAGCAGUGGCCCCCACGGGGCUCUGCUGAUGUGGAAGUCGAAAUCAGGCCCCGACUAUGACUCUGUCCGCUGGAAAGGGCAGAUCAUGGGCUAUGGCAUCCGGCAGGGGGGCUGGCAGGUCCUCUCUGCGACAUCCCUUCUCCGGGAGGACCUGAAGCUGCCCGGGCUGGCGCACAGCGACAAGGACGACGCGAUGGUCGGGGUGUGGUGGGACAAAGACGACGCGCUCCAGUAUUCCAUCGGCGUCAUGCCAGCGCCAUACUAUGCGGUGCGGCCGGAGAUGAGGAGCUGGAUGGCGCUGAUCGAUGGCUCCCAGUUGAUCAGCCGGGUGUCCAUCCCCGGCACCCACGACUCUGCCACGCGGUUCGUCGGGGUUACCGAGAGCAAGUUCAUCAAAUGGCUCGGAAGCGAUGCGGCCAAGACGGCGCAAACACAGGACUGGACCAUUGAGAUGCAGUUGGCGAAAGGAAUCCGAUACUUUGAUCUCCGAGUGACCGGCAAUCUGGUCUGCUGUCACGGGCCAGCCACCUGCUAUACCGACGACUCCAAAAAGACCAGUCUGACCUUGGAGAUGGUGUUGGAAGAGUUCUACACCUUCCUGGAAAGAUUCCCCACGGAAGGAUUGCUGGUGCAGAUUGCAGACGACAAUGACCGCCACGAGGGCCGCUCCGAGGAAGACAUUGGGGACGACAUCAAGAAACUGACGGCAAAGAAGCCGGAGAGAUGGAGACUGGACCAUACAACCCCCAGGGUUGACGAGCUUCGGGGCAGGAUCCAGCUCCUGUGCCGGUUCAAGCACCGCGGGCCUACGCCCGGAAUCCAGGUAUCCUGGGGCGGCGGGGAUAAAGGCGAGCUUCAGUCGCACCGGCAGAGCAACGAGACGGGGGGGAUCGUCGUGCAGGACUACUACAACGUUUACUACUGGUAUCUGGAUGAGAAACGGGCCUGGAUCACCAACCUGAUUGAAACAUGCCAACAGGCCACCGAGUCGGACGACCAGAUCUUCAUCAACUUCCUCAGCUGCGCGGUGCACACACAGCCGCGCGACUCGCUGGGGGGGAUCGAGUUCGAAUCGGAUCCCAUCACGAACCCCCGGACGGGAGCCUAUGGAGAAGUCUCGAGCGUGUGGAAUCCUGUUAGCGAUUUCUUUGGGGCCCCGAAGCCCGACUACGACGACAAGGGCAUCAACCCCUGGUUCUUGACGGAGCUCGAGGAGUACGAAGACCCCAAGAAUCACCCAGUGCCUCAGCUGGGCGUGACAGUGCUUGAUUUUGCCGGCGAAACACCCACGAUGGUUUCGAGAAUCAUCAAGACCAACUGGCCCUAUAGAAGGUUCUGGCGCAACUGGGAUACAUUCUAAACCAUCAGAGCUGUUGGGAAGAUUC